UUCGGACCGGCUGGAUGCUGUGAGCGGCAGGAAGCGGAGCCAUACUCUCAUCCUUCACUGAGUGCCUUUGUUCGGAGCAGCAGAACCACAGCAGCAGCAGCAGCAGCAGCAUGGAUCUGUCCUUCAUGGCCGCGCAGAUCCCAGUCAUGACUGGGGCCUUCAUGGACUCCUCACCCAACGACGACUACAGCGGCGAGCAUUCGCUCUUCAACUCUUCGGCGAGCGUCAACGCGGCGGCCUCGGCCGCCUCGGUGCACGGCCAGCCGGACGAGCAGCAGUCCAUGUCCAGCGAUGCCAUCUGGCUGUGGAUCGCCAUCAUUGCCACUAUAGGGAACAUCGUGGUGGUGGGCGUCGUCUACGCCUGCACCUUCUGAUAGACGAGCUGCACCAACUCUGCAGUCAUCCAGACGGUUUUUAUGUGUGGAAACAUAACGAGGCUCUGCAGAACCAACAUCCUCCAUGUCUGAACUGACCUUCCUCUGCUUCUCACCGGGUUUGUUUAGCUGUUUUAGAUCCGCUGACGUUCCAGAGGUCUGAUUCGUGACAGUGAUGUGUUGACUUCCAGCUUUCUUCGUUGAACAGGAAGGCUGGUUUUUCUCAACGAGUCUCUUUAGCUGAAGAUGUUUAUGAUUAAGAAGAUGGUUAUUAACUUUAUGUUUCUUUGUCCUGUUAGUUAUUUUACUUAAAUGUAUUUUGUGUGUUUUUUCCUGAACAGCAGCUUUCUAGUCACUAGAAAAAGAUUAAAUUUUGUCCAAAUUCUGGUUAAAUCUUAAGCAUCCAUGAAACAACCAGAACCCCGUGGAAACGGGUCUGGACUAACCCAGAACCCCGUGGAAACGGGUCUGGACUAACCCAGUGUUUCUCCAGGAGGACGAGAUGCUGGACACUGAAUGAGCUUCCAGUCGGCGCUGAGCUGCUGCUCCACAUUUCAGAACCUAAAGCUGUUCUGAUGGCCCGGUCGACCCGGUUCUAUAGGAACCAAAACUCCAGCAUCUGCUCCUCCUCCAGCUGCUAUGGUUCUGUUUGGCGUUCACAUAUGAAUUUGAACCGAACCAGAGUUCCCUUUAACCCAACCAGACCGAGGCUUGGAGGACCAGAGGUCAGAGGUCGAUUAGCGUUCAGACCUCUCCAACCGGACUGGACUUUCUACGUAAACGGACUGCAGUCGGGUUAAAGUGGACUGAACCGGGCUGGAAGGAGCCCAGGCUUGGAACUCAAGCUGAUCCAGAACCUUCUGGUGGUUCUGGACUCCUGCGAACAUCACUGGGUUCUGGAGGCUGAGCCGACAGGAUCCAGCCGAUCAGGGCAGCAGGAAGGUCAUGUUUCCAUGUCAACAGAACUGGAUCCAGCAGCAGGGCGACCAGCUGAUUUCUAACACUUCUGACCGAGAGGAGAGAAAAAUACCAACUAAAAACCCAACAGAACAUGUUUGUUCACUGCCAGCUGAAAUACUGAAGCAUCCGUCACUUUACAGCCACGAGCAUCCAUAAAUAAGAAUAUUUCACUACGGUUUUUAGUUAAGAUUUGCAGUUUUAGGUGAAAAAUAAUUAGAAGCACAAGUCAAACUAAAAUCUUUGAAACUAAUUUUUACUAAAUGAUGUUAGAAAUGUGUUGAACUGAAGAGACGUGAAGAAGUAAGAAGGGAAAUGAAUUAGAGCGUAUUUAAUGUAAAAUUGAAAUAAAACCAGAUGUUUAAGGAAAACCUUUCUCCAUGUCAGGACUCGGUUCUGACUUGUUGCAGAUUAAAUGAGUUUUUGAGAUUCACCUCUGACUUCACUGGAGCCUGACUGAGUAAAACUGGGUCAGAGCAGCAAAUCCGUCCAGGUCAGCAAAACGAGUGGAGGAUCAUCAAUACAAACCUCAGACUCCAUCCAUCACAACAUUUAUAUUUGGAACACAAAAAUGUUUUACUCAGCAGAGAAACGUAGUAAAACUCUGCAGCUCCUUCAGGUUUCCUGCUCUACUGCUGCAGCUGCAGGAGGCCAAGCAUAAAGUUUCUGUUGAAGUGAUUAUUGUUAUUAUUUAAAAGAUUCAGAAAAGAUUCCACAUGUGGACCAGAAAUGCAAUAAUGAGAAAUAUCUCUGACCCCUCAUGUAAUAAGUGAAGCAGCAGUGAGUCCCAACGUUUCUCUGUCCCAAAUCAAACAUUAAUUAACCUGCAGGCAGAAGCAACUUCUGCUUCGCUCAGAGGAAAUGUAAUAAUCUGAUGAACAUCUGAGCUGUGAGGUUUGGAUCUUUGUUUUCUGAAGUCUGUACUUAGCUUAAAGCAGAAGCUGCCGGGUCCAACAGUCCUGCUUAUCGUCUCACAUCAUCUGAUUCUGGUUCCUGGAGAAAAACACACAGUAGCUGUUAGACUAACGUCUCCAUCAUAUAGAGAUAUAAGCUGAUGGUGGAAACACUGCACUUGUUCAAAUAUUCAUUUACAGGAAGCGUCAUGGAUUACUGUGUCUGUUAUAUCAUGUAAAGACAGUUUAUAUAAAUGUGUCUAUAAUAAUGUGUUAAAUAUGCGAGUACUUUUACAUGUUUAAAGAAAGACUUUUAAAUCUGGUUAUUUUUAUUAAAUGGUUGUGGUAGAAAUAUUUAGACUGUAAACCACAAACAUGAUGCUCUUUUUGUAAAGACGUAAUGUUACUAAUAAAGUUUCUGUAUUAAUGUAAA